AUGACAUUGUGUUAUCAUCAUGAUGCGUCGAUUAAGAUUCGUCAGACACGUGUCAGCAGCGUCGACGUCCGCGACUCGACGAAGAAAUCCACCUUGGAGUUGACGAACGUGAAGGUGUGUCUGUCGGAGCUGUUAAAAAGGGCGAAGGCCGUGAGCCCAGCGCGGCGCCGCACGGCGCCGGCGGCGGACACAUCGCCGCCGCGGCAAGAGCGGUCGGAGCAGCAGGUGCGACGAAGGCAGCAGCGACGGCGAUCGGAAAAAGAGCCGCAACGGCGGGGGACGAAGCAGCAGCUUGCUGAGCGGAGCCCGCAGCAGCAGCAGCAGGAGAAGUCAGCAGCAGUCCAUCGCUGCGCGAAUAACGGAGAAUCGACGCAAGGCGCCGCCGCUUGCUGCAAUUGGACGGAAACCGCAGCGUACCGCAGCAAAACAGAAGUUGUUCGGAGUCAAGAACUUCAAGAAAGCGGCGCCGCGGUACUUCCACCGUCCCUCCCGCCGUCCCUCCCGCCGUCCCUUCCGGCGUCCCUCCCUGCGGACUGUCUUUCCCACGCGCUCGCCCUUCUCUCCCACCGCGCCUCCAACUCCGCCGACCAUCUCCGCCGCGCAGGCCAGGCGUGCCGCGAAUGGCGCCGCGCGUACCGCCACGCCGUGCAGCAUCUCUCCCUCGCUUUCGACCCGCUGCAGCUCCGCUGGAGACCCGCGCUUCGCGGCGCCGAACGCGCUGGCGGAUCCGGCAACCCCGCCGCGAGCAGCGGCGCCAGGGGCGGCGGAACGCUCGGCGGCCGCAGUCAUGCGGCACGGCAAACUAACGGAGAGGCUGAACCCAACGAGGCGUGGGACCCGUCAUCGUCCGCGCUUUGGGUGCUCGACGACCCGUCCGCCUGGCAGCUUGGAAUGGCCGAUUCGGACUCCGAGUCGCCCUUGGACUCCGACUCGCCGUUGAGCAGUUCCAUCAUUCCGUUGUGUGACGACUCUGCAGCGCCGCCUCCUACCACUCCUCCUUCUCCUAUUUCUGCUGCUACUUCUUCUGUUCCUCUUAGCGCCAGCAGCAGGCGGCGGUUCGCGCGGCGGGUGCUGCAGCUGAAGAGGGACGAGGGGCACGAGUGCCACCCCACGAGGGAGGAGCUGCGGGUGGGAUACCACUGCAUGGCCGAGCACCACCAGUGGCUGCAUGGGUUGUAUCAUCAUGUGAACGGAAACCGUUCGUGCGGUGACUGCUGGCAUGCUGACAUGCCGUCGGCACGGCAGGUGACUGAGCUGCUGCUGCAGUUCCCGAAUCUUGCGUCCGUGCGCGUGCCACUGCGUGGUGACGUGGCUUUGGGCCCGGGUGACGUCAGAAUGGUGCUGGACGCAGUGGCGGGGCUGGGGGCUUUGAGGAGCUGCCACGUGCAGGCUGACGUGGCGGGUUGGGUGGAGUGGGGAGAGGGAGGUAGGCAGCGGGAUGAAGAGGCGGAGGAGGAAGAAGAGGAAGAGAUAGCACGAGUUCUAGAGAGCCGUUGGGUGGAAGACGAUGGUAUGCUGCAGGAGCUGGAGACGUCGUUGAGAGUGCCGUUUGAUGAUGACCACGAGGAGUUUGAGGAGGGGCGUGGCGUGUGGAGCCAUUAUCUCGGACUCAAGGAGGAGGUCCCGGAGGAGGGAGAGGAGCAGGAAGCACCUGCCCCAGCCGCAGCAGCAGCAGCAGCAGCAGCAGCAGUAGCAGUGUCAGCGGCGGCAGCAGGCGGGCCAAUUCGAGGCCUGGCGUCAUUGCCUUUCCUCUCCUCGCUCACCCUCCGCUCCUCCCUCGGCCUGCCCCCAUCCAUCCGCCACCUGCGCCACCUCACCCGCCUCCUUACGCCCAAAGCCCUUUCAGACGCUUCAGGAUCCCUCCCCCUCCUCCCCAACCUGCAAGUCCUCUCUAUGAUGGCAGACGGAAUAACCACCGGCGCGCCUUUACCAGCCGCCCUGCGCCGGCUACAGCUGCGCUACAACCAGUGCAGCUUGCUGCAUGCAGCGGGGCGAGCAGCCGCCUCACUGGAGCACCUGGAAGUGACUGCGCGUGGAGGGGCGAGGGAGACCGGUUCUCGUUCCCGCACCUCCGAGAGAUGA